AUGGCUAUAUUUAAUCGCAAAGCGAAGCACACAGCGCCCAAUGGAGAUGCCGCUCCUACAGAGACUGAGAAAGUAAAGUGGUCGAAGAGACCAGCUACUUGGCAACCAAUCCUCACACCGAAGGCUGUGCUACCAACUCUUUUCAUAAUCGGUCUGAUAUUUGCUCCUAUCGGAGCGUUAAUUGUGUGGGGAAGUGGGAAGGUUACCACGAUAUCGUUGGAUUAUACCCAAUGUGAUGUUGAUGCGCCUACAGAUGGUACCUUUGCUGCUAUGCCAAGUAGUGCUUAUGAUUGUCCCGGUGUAUUUCUCUACUACAAGUUGACCAACUAG